ACGGCCGGUCCUCGCGCUCCCCGCUCCCGGCAGGGUUAGCUGUGGCCUGCGCACUUCGCUCGCCAGACACUUCUCGGGAAUGGAGCAGUCACAGUGUGGCAGCAGAGACCGCAGCGGCAGCGGCCGAACCCACUUGGCCCCGGGGCUGGUGGCGGCCGCCCCUCCGCCCCCGUCUCCGGCGCUACCAGUACCCCCGGGGAUACCAGUUCCUCCAACUUUCCUGCGGCCACCCAGCCUCUUUCUGCGGGCCGCCGCAGCCGCCACGGGAAGCGGAGGCUGCCCGUCGGCUCCCGGACUGGAGAGGGGCGUGGGUGUGGUGGGCUGCGGCUACCCGCGGACACCCAAGUGCGCCCGUUGUCGCAACCACGGCGUCGUGUCGGCACUCAAGGGCCACAAACGCUUCUGCCGCUGGCGGGACUGCGCGUGUGCCAAGUGCACCCUGAUUGCGGAGCGCCAGCGCGUCAUGGCCGCCCAGGUGGCGCUGCGCCGGCAACAGGCCCAGGAAGAGAGUGAGGCCCGGGGGCUGCAGAGGCUCCUGUACCCUGGACCCUGCGGGCCUGGGGGUCGGACAUCUGGAGGCCCUGGCAACCGAACGGAGAAUUCCCAGGCCUCCAGCGGCCCUGCGGCGGUGACGGCGCUGGGACUGGGUGCCUUGGCGACCCCUGCUUUCCAAGUUGUCCAGCCAGAUAAUACGGAGCUAAAACAAAAACUAAAAGAGAGUAAAUGUGACUCAGGCCAGAGUGGACAAGAAGAGCCAGUCUCUAAAUCCCAUCAGUGUACUCUGGGAUCAUCUCCUAAGUCUAACGGUGUCAUUGGAAAACAAAACAUCAGGCCAACUAUUUCAGAAAGCUUGAACAAGGAAGAUAAUAUUCAGCCUCUUCACCCUGGGGAGCUAUCAGGAGGGGAAGAGAGUCCCAGAUCCCUGUCAUCAUCUGAUCUGGAAUCAGGAAAUGAAAGUGAGUGGGCCAGAGACUUCACUGCUACCAGAGCCAGCCUUCCCACACUGUCCUCAAGACCAAGAGACCCUCUUGAUAUCCUUACCAGGAUUUUCCCAAGUUAUAGGCGUAGCCGGCUAGAAAGCAUUCUGCGCUUCUGCAAAGGGGAUGUGGUUCAAGCCAUUGAACAGGUCCUAAAUGGGAAAGAACACCAGCCAGACACCAGGGACCUAGCAAACUCAGGAGAAUUGGAAAAUACAGCUUUUCAGAGAACUUCAAAUUUUAGUUUAGGUGGAAUUGGUUUUGGAACUCCAGGGAAUAAAUCAGCUUUCUCUCCUCUUCAAACUGCUUCUGCUCCUUAUGGAGGUGAUUCAAGUCUCUACAGCUUAAAUCCUAGACUAGGUAUCAAUCCAUUACGGCUGGCAUACUCCUCUCCAGGAAGGGGGCUCUCUGGUUUUAUGUCUCCUUACCUAACUCCAGGGUUGGUACCAGCAUUGCCUUUCCGACCAGCUUUGGAUUAUGCAUUUUCAGGAAUGAUUAGGGAGUCUUCCUACCUUCCCAGCAAAGACUCAGUAACUGGUGGCAGAUUGUAUUCCAGGCCAAAUCAGGACAGUCUGUAAUAUUUCUACCUAUUCUCCCUUUUUGGAGUAUUUCUAGAAGCAUGCAAUACAACCCACACACCCAGCCCUAUUAAUGUGUACACUAUGGAUGUAAAUGGCAUACUAGACCUUAAAAAUACUAUUUUUUUUUUUACAACCAGUAUGAUUUGAGAUCGAAAGAUUCCUCUUUGGCAUUUACUAAGUGAAAGAAGCAUUUAAACAUUAUAUGUGCCUUGAAUAAAGUCAUUUCAGGAAAUAUUUGUACUUUUAUGAAUUUUCUCCCUAAAAUAUCAGUUGUAGAAUUCCUAUAACUAAACUUGUUUUUAUUUUGUUGAAAAAUGGAGUUUAUAGUUGUAAAGU